GUACCACAACUCGAGUUCAGUAACAACAAUAACCUCAAACACCACUAUCACAGCCAUCAAUACCAGCAGCACAUCCACGACGAGGCCAGCCAUCAGUCGGCCACCAAUUACGGCAACUUUCUGUCGAUACCUGUCUUCACGUUUCCCUCAAAAGACGCGUCCAGAGGACGACAUUCCAGGUCUAAGUCGCCGAGUCGUGGCUGUCCUCCAGCGGCGCCCACUGUUUGUCCGCAAAUCACAAUAUCUGCCGCCGAGUCUGUGGAGCGACUGAUGGACGACAAGUAUAUGUCAUCGCAAGUGGAGGACGAAGGCAUUGAAUGCGAACAGGACUUCAUCGCAAGGGAAUCCAAAAAAUCGCUUAAAGACUGCAAACGGGGUGACAGUUACGCCUCGUUUGAGAUGCACUCCCGGCCAGAAUCACUGGGUAGUUCCCGACAGGAGCUGAGGUCCGCAGUCGACGGGCACAAGAAGUUGCGCCGAAAUCGGUUGAUCUCAUCGCCCACUCACUCACUCGAGGACUUCAAUAUGGAACCGAUCCGACGGUCGGGCGAUAGCCUACGGGCGCCCAAAAUCCGGCGAAACCCUUCGUGGCCGGCGGUCAUGAUCUCACCGAACUCGAGCUCUUCGUCCGAAUACGAGGCGUCCAAACGGGACCAGUCGUGGUCGCUAUCGGCCAAGAAGUUGUCGUCAUCGCCGGUACAGCAGCACAAGUCGUCCGCCUAUUUGACUCCCAAAGUGAAGAAACUGCACAAACGGCGGCUCAAGUCGUCGUCUAAACGACCGCAACUCGAGUCCAGUCUAUCUGUGAAUAGCUGUCCCAUUAGUAGCGAUAAUAGACUGUCGGCGCGGGUUUCAUGGUUUCAAUCGUCGCGCUCGUCGUCUACGGAGUCGUUCCUGUCGUCCGCUCCCGACGACGACAACACCAUUAUCUCCCAAAUCCGGUGCCGUAAACACCAUUCGUCGCAAUCUCUGUGCGACCGCUCUGUCUGUGAUAUAUUUAACGCCGCGGCCAAUGAUUAUGACUUUACCGGCGCUGGAGGUGGAGGUAGUGGUGGUGUCUGUGGUGGACAAUCGGCCCCAUAUUUACGCCCAAAACAGGCCAUCGCUUCCAUAUCGGACACGGCGUUAGAUAAACGCGUCAACGAUCCCAUCAAUUGUUUUGAAAAGCAAUCGUCAAAACCGGUCAGCAAUUCAUUGGACGCGUCGUCGGCGUCGAGAAAGCGCUCCAAACGUACGAUACAUAAGCAAAAGGCUAUGCAAGAGGACGACCACAUUUUCGACUCGUUUCUCGAUAAACAACUUCUGUUGGAAAGGAUUUGA